AUGGCGCAUGCCACCACUCAAUUUGGCUAUCAUCGCCAGCAGGCGGAUGGUGCGAUCAGCAACAAACAGCCCAACUACUUCGAAGACGACGAGUCGGGCAUCCUCGACUCGACCAUACUGGAUACAGACAUCAUGUCGAGUCCAGAAGCUCAACUACGCAGAGGAUCCGUCGCCAACAGCAACGGCGUCCUCUCGCCUGCGGAGUCCCAAGGUUGGGAACAGCACUACGGCGGCAAUCUGGCGAUUGAAUCUGGCGCCCAUCAACCUUAUCGGGACGGACACAAUGGCUUCAUUCAACCGCAACCUUCGCGUCUACAAACCUUUGUCGGCCAACCUGUGCCGCAACAGUGGAUGUUCGACCGCAACUCCGGUCAUUGUACGCCCACCACUGCUGGCGCGUACUUUGCUAACCAGGAACCUGCGGCAUACUACGAUGGCGGCCACGGCCCGCCGUUCCCACACCAUGGAGCGGACAGCGCACGUGGAAGCUUCAGCCAUCCUGCACCCCAUCAUCCGGGGCCUAUGCAACAGAUGAUCGCCCCCCAUGGACCCACAGACUCGCACUUUAUCCCUGCGCCUCAGGUCCAGACGCCGAUGUCACCCCACUCUCACCAAGACUGGCAAACAAUGGCCAGCAAUGAACAGGAACACAGGCAAGCUGCAAAACGAAUGAGAGCGAACAGUCCGCCAUGUACCAGUGUCGACAUGCAACGGAGCGCCGGCGUCCGCAAGAAGAAUGGACGCAUUGAGAUUCCUCAGGAGCGCAACAUCCAGACCAUUGACGAGCAGCUCGAACGCGAACAGGAUGAAACCGUCAUAAAAGAGCUGAAGCAGCAGAAACGCCUACUGCGGAAUCGUGAGGCUGCACUCGCUUCUCGGCAGCGGAAGAAGAAACACACCGAAGAACUCGAGACACGCGAAAAGGACUACACCAACGCGGUACACCAUCUGGAGGCAGAAAUCAGUGGGCUCAAGAUUACUCUGCAGAACAAUGAGCACAACCACCGCAACCUGCUCCACAACUUCCACAACAUGGAGCAUCAGAAUCUGGUCUUGCAGGAAGAGAACAGGGAAAUGAAGUUGAGGCACAACGAGGAGACCUCACAUCUGCGUAGGCAGGUACAACUCAUGAGGGAUCAGCUGGAAGCUGGACCGGCGCCUCCCAUGUCUGCUGUGCCGAGCAGCACUGGCUUCACCGAGUUCAACGCUGGCAUGGAGUCACUCACUGUCAAUGGUUGGGACGACCUCGUCCAGUUUGGUGACCUUCAUGACACUUCCAACGACUUAUUCUUCGACUUCAAGCCGGAGCCAGUUGUGUCAUCGCCCGUCUUGCCCAGGGCUCAACCUACCACGAACAACACCACUGAACCUAAGCAGACGUCAGAUGCUACCCAGGACCAGCCUGUUGCUACUGGCCUGUUGUUCUUCUUGCUGAUGUGUGGUGCAUUCGUCGCCUCGAAGCCGGCCGCUUCGCGCACAGCUGGGAUGCCGGACGUACCCGAGGAGUUCCGAACGGCAGCGCCAGACGUACUCAAGACCCUGUUGUACGACGCAGCGCCUUUGACAACGCCAACUUCUUCGAGAUUGAUCCAGCAUGGCACGGUCGAGCCUGCAAGCUCCGCGCAACCCAACAUCAACUCCAGGCCUCAUAGCAGGAUCGAUCGCCUCCACCGCAAGAUUACCUCGCGGACCAAGGAGCAGGAAAGAGACGAGGCGUUCUCCUUGACGCCAGCCCAGUACGCUCGUAUCUCGGAGGCGGACGACAACUUGGCCGACAACCACGCCUCCUCGAGCCAACACCCUCACACUCCGGCGCACAGAUCCAACCUCGCCGAGACAUUGGCCCGCGCCCGCGAGGAAUACAUGCAAUCGAGCAAAUCCGAAGUGUACAGUCGAAGCCUCCUCUGGGACAAGGUCCCGGAGCACGUUGUACGGCAAUUCAAAGACAUGGUGCGAGACCAUGAAGAGAUCGAAUCUCGACAACGACAGCAACAGCAACAAAGACAGAUGAACGAUGAUGACGACCACGAUGACGAGAAUAUGCUGGCUUUUUGCAUGAAGCCUGAACAAUAG